AUGUCGUUAGAAGGGGAUCCCGGAAAGGGAUGGAAGAAAUUCAAGGCAAACUUUGAGCUUUUCUCGGUAGCCUCAGGAUUAGACGCGAAGACCACUAAGAUUCAGGCGGCAGCGUUGCUACAUUGUAUUGGAGAAGAUGUUCGUGAAAUAGUCGAGACGAUUGUCAUGACGGAUGCCGAAAAAACCGACAUCACAGCAGCAGAGCAAGCAGAUCUACAGAUAAAACAACUUUGCGAGGGAACUAUGAAGCUGGAUGUUCAUGGAGUCAAACAACAAUCAAAUGAGACAAAAAAGGCAGGGAAGAAGACCAAGCCAAACGUGAAUCAGGGCGUCAGGCAUAAGAAGAGAGGCGGAAUGCAGACCAACGGACAACGUGACUACAGAGAGGCAUCACAGCAGCGGAACGACUGUCACCGAUGUGGCUAUAAACACGGUUAUAAAUGCCCAGCGUGGGGCAAAACUUGUAUGAAAUAUUAUCAAGCAGUAGUUAUUCCGUGUCGAAGAGUUCCAUUUCAAUUAUUACCAAAGUUAGAAAAAGAACUUCAAAGAAUGGUUCAAGAUAAGAUUAUUGUGAAGGUUACAGAAGCAACUGAAUUUGUAAACCCAAUCGUUUUAGUUAGAAAAGAAAAUGGAGAUUUAAGAAUAUGCUUAGACCCUCAAAAUCUUAACGAAGCAAUACUACGAGAACAUUUCGUAAUUCCGACAUUCGAAGAGCUCACGCGUGACAUGUCAGGAUUUAAGAUUUUUAGUACAUUAGAUGCAAAUAAGGGUUUCUGGCAAAUAGAGCUAUCGGAAAACUCGUCAAAGUUAACAACGUUUGCGACCCCUUUCGGAAGGUACAAAUUUUUAAGAAUGCCGUUCGGUCCGUCAAAUGCCCCAGAGAUAUUUCAACGAACCUUUACUGAUAUUUUCGGAGAUAUUGAAGGUGUUGAAGUUUACUUUGAUGAUGUAAUAAUUCACGCGAAAAAUGAACAAGAGCACGAUGAUAUCUUGCAAAAAGUUUUCAGAAGAGCGAGGAAAUACGGAGUUAAGUUUAAUUUAAGUAAAUGUAAGUUUAAGAAAAAACAAGUUAGAUAUGUGGGACACAUAUUCUGCGAAAACGGUAUUAGUAUUGACGAGGAAAAAAUUGAAGCAAUUAAAAGAAUUCCGGAACCAACUAAUGCGAAGGAGUUAAGUCGCUUCUUAGGGAUGGUAACAGCGCUAACAAAAAAAGAUCAGUUAUGGUCGUGGUUGCCACUACAUAGAAAUGAAUUUGAAGUACUCAAACAGAAACUGAUGGAAGCGCCGGUUUUGAGAUACUUUGACAAAGAUAAACAGAUAGUACUUUCAGUAGAUAGCUCUAAAGAUGGCAUGGGAGCAGUAAUUCUGCAAGAAAAUAAACCGAUAGCCUACGCGUCAAAAUCAUUAACGUUAAACCAACAAAAUUAUGCGCAAAUAGAGAAGGAGCUUUUAGCAAUAGUUUUUGGUUGUCAGAGGUUCCACCAGUUUUUGUUUGGCAAAGAAUUUAUAGUAGAAACUGACCAUAAACCACUCGAAGCGAUUUUCGAAAAACCACUAGAUAAAUGUCCGCUGCGAUUACAAAGAUUAAGAAUUAGUCUGCAAAAUUAUUCCUUUGUGGUUAAAUAUAAACCGGGAUCGCAAUUGUAUCUUGCAGAUACACUAUCUCGUGCGCAUUAUAAUGAUGAAAAUUUUGAUGUAAUUGAAUCGGCGGUAGAGGCACAAGUAGAUUUGAUAAACUAUGUUAGUAUUACGUCAAAGAAAUUUGAAAUAAUUAGAGAAGAGACUAGUAAAGAUCCAGAAUUGAAAGAAUUAAUAAAAAUCAUAAAAGAAGGGUGGCCAAAACAGAAAAGUGAAGUAGAUCUUUUAAUUAGGCCGUAUUGGAUAAUUCGAGACGAGCUCGUUAUUAUAAAAGAUGUAUUGUGUAGAGGUGACAGAGUCGUAAUCCCAAAAAUUUUGCGAGCGGAUAUUCUAAACUGGUUACAUUAUAAUCAUAUGGGCAUUGAGAAAACUCUUUUAAGAGCGCAAGAAACUGUCUAUUGGCCUUUUAUAGGUAAAGAAAUUACGGACGUAAUCAAUAGUUGCCCAGCUUGUUUAAAAUACCAAAAUAGCAAUCAAAAAGAGUCGUUAAUAAACAGGGAAACCGCUGAUCGUCCUUGGAGUAGUGUUGCAGUAGAUUUAUUUCAUUUUGAUGAGAAAGAAUACCUAUUACUAGUAGACAUGUACUCACGAUAUCCAGAAGUAGUUUGUCUAAAUCAGAAUACUACUCACGACCGAGUCAUCUCAGCUGUAAAAUCAAUUUUUGCGAGGCAUGGUAAGCCAGAUAUAUUAUAUUCGGAUAACGGCCCUCAGUUUGUAAACAAUGCGUUUCAAAGGUUUCUUGAAGAGUGGGAAAUUACACAACAAACGAGCUCGCCUAGAUAUCCACAAUCGAAUGGUUUUAUAGAACGACACGUUCAAACGAUAAAAAGAAUUAAAAAAAAAACGUUAUAUGAUAAGCGAGAUAUGUACUUAACAUUACUUGAAUACCGUAAUACACCGAUAAGUAAAACAAUUCCAUCACCAGCGCAAAUUCUGUUUGGAAGAAGAUUAAAGGGUCAUGUACCAGUAAGGGAGGAGCUGUUAAACCCGUGUAGAGAUAAGACUAGAAUUAUAAGAGAGACCAAUAACCAAGAGGUGCAAUACCAUAGCGAUGAUAAUAAUAAAGAAAAUACAAAUAAUGUAACGGAGAUAGGAGACUCAAGUGUUAGGGUGCCGUCCCAUGGCGCGUAUUGCGAUACGCGCGUAUCGGGCGUAUCGAAGUCUGCGGCCAAUCACAGACGAUCCGCCGAUUUUGGUACGCCGAAAUUUGCUCCUAAACGUCCCAUGGAGCGGAUUUCAUCAGAUUAA